AUGCCAUGCCUCCCCUCUCCCCCCUGUUUUUGCCUCUGGGCUCUGGGCCUCCUCCUCCUCUCCUCCCUCCCCUUCCUCCCCCAGGCCGGUGUGUUCCGAGUCGGGGUCCUGGGACCCUGGUCAUGUGACCCCCUGUUCGCCAAAGCCCGGCCCCAGUUGGCGGCCAUGUUGGCGGUGGAGCGUAUCAACCACGACCCCAGCCUGUCGUUGGGCGUGGUGUUCCAGUACGAGGUCCUGGAGGAGGACUGCCAGACAUCUCGGGCGCUAGGGGGUUUCCUGCGCAACCAUCCACGGGCCAACGCCUACCUGGGGCCUGUCAACCCAGGCUACUGUGAUGCUGCGUCCCUGUUGGCUAAGAACUGGAACAAGGCGCUGUUCUCCUGGGCGUGUGUGAACUACGAGCUGGACGAGCACCAGCGACACUCCACCUUCACACGCACUGUGCCCUCACCUGUCUGGGUGCUGCUCAGCCUAGCACGACACUUCCGCUGGGCCCACGUGGGCGUGGUCUCAUCAGCCGAGGACGUGUGGGUGGAUACGGCCAAUCAGGUGGCCAAUGGGCUGCGCAGCCACGGCAUCCCUGUCAUCAUCAUGGUAACGGCAGAAAAGGACGUCGCCUCCGUGCGUCGGGCCUUGGUGGCCAUCAAGAGAAGAAAGCACCUGCGCAUGGUGAUCCUCUGCAUGCACUCCGUUUUGAUUGGUGGAGAGACCCAGCGGUUGCUACUGGAAACGGCAUUGGACAUGCACCUGACGGACGGGUCUGUGGUGUUCGUCCCGUAUGACACCCUCCUCUACAGCCUCCCGUACCGCGACACGCGCUACCCCGCCCUGCUCAGCAACAGCAAGCUAAGGAGAGCCUACGACGCCGUCCUCACUGUCACCAUGGACUCUGAGGAGAACUCCUUUCACACAGCCUACCAGCGGGCUGUGGAUACAGGCCUACUGCCCAGACACACCCAUCCUUUACAGCUGUCUCCUCUCUUCGGGACGAUCUACAGCUCCAUCCUCUUCAUCGCCAACUCCCUGCAGAGCGUGCGUGAGUCCGGGGCCUGGCCGUCUGCCGCCAACCUGGUGCAGCACUCCCGGAAUAUGGCCUUCAACGGCUUUAGCCAGCGCGUCCGCACCAACUCCACUGGGGCCAGUCUGCUGUCCUACCUGGUUCUGGACACGGACGGGCUGACCUGGCCAUUGGUGCCCACCCACAGCCUGGACCUGGAGGCUGGCAUGGUCAGGGCCCUGGGCCGGCCCAUACACUGGGCGGGGGGGGCCCAGCCCAGCCCGGACCCCAGCUGUUGGUUCUCCUCGCACACAAUCUGUAGUGGAGGUGUGGAUCCGUUUGGGCUGGUGCUGGUGUUGCUGAUUCUCGUGCUGGUUCUGGUUCUGUCUGCUGCGUUGGGCUACUGGGUCCGCCGUCGUGUGAUGCAGGCCCGGCUGCUCCGAGGCCCGGGGAAGAUCCUGCUGACCCUGGCAGAUGUGACCUUCAUCAACCUGUCCCUGAGCAACAAGAAGGUCAGCCUGGACAGCAAGGUGAGUGACAUGGGUGGCCCCACCUCACCCUUAUCGGCCUCCACCAUCUCCCCGGCAACCUAUGAGAACUCCAACAUUGCCAUGUAUGAGGGAGACUGGGUCUGGAUGAAGAAACUCCCAUCUGGAAGCUUCAAAUCCAUCACUCCCCAGACCAGUGAUGUGUUUGAGCUGAUGAAAGAUAUUCGUCAUGAGAACGUGAACCUGUUCAUGGGGUUCUUCCUGGACUGCGGAGUGUUUGGAAUCAUGACAGAAUUCUGUUUACGUGGUAGCAUCCAGGACCUGCUACGUAACGACAACGUCAAACUGGACUGGAUGUUCAAGUCCUCCCUCAUACUUGACCUCAUCAAGGGUAUGAGGUACCUGCACCAUCGAGGGAUCUGCCAUGGCAGGUUGAAGUCCGGCAACUGUGUUGUGGAUGGUCGCUUUGUGCUGAAGAUCACUGACUACGGAUACAAUGAAGUUCUGGAGGCCCAGAGACUCCCACGCACCCCUCCCUCUGCUGAAGAGCUGCUAUGGACAGCUCCAGAGCUGCUGCGUGGGUCAGGCCAGCUGGGGUCUCUCCCGGGAGACAUCUACAGCUUCUCGAUCGUCGUGCAGGAGAUUGUGCUCAGAGGACCUCCCUACUGCAUGAUGGACAUGACUGUUGAGGACAUCAUCCAGAGGAUCAAGAAGCCUCCUCCUCUGUGCCGGCCACUGGUGUCUCCAGACCACGCCCCCCUUGAGUGCAUCCAGCUGAUGAAGCUGUGCUGGAGUGAGCAACCAGACAGACGCCCCGACUUCAACCUCAUCUUUGACCAGUUUAAGAACAUCAACAAGGGAAGGAAGACCAACAUCAUAGACUCCAUGCUACGCAUGCUGGAGCAGUACUCAUCCAACCUGGAGGAGCUGAUAAGGGAGCGGACUGAGGAGCUGGAGAUAGAGAAGCAGAAGACAGAGAAGCUCCUCACACAGAUGCUGCCUCCCUCGGUGGCUGAGGCCCUGAAGACAGGCAGUGUGGUGCAGCCGGAGCACUUUGACAGAGUCACGCUGUACUUCAGUGACAUCGUGGGCUUCACCACCAUCUCGGCCAAUAGCGAGCCCAUCGAGGUGGUGGACCUGCUCAAUGACCUCUACACAUUGUUUGAUGCUGUUAUAGGAGACCAUGAUGUCUACAAGGUGGAGACCAUAGGUGAUGCCUACAUGGUGGCGUCAGGGCUUCCAGUUGCUAAUGGCGACCGUCACGCGGCUGAGAUUUCCAACAUGGCACUGGACAUUCUGAGCUCUGUGGGGUCCUUCAAGAUGAGGCAUAUGCCCGACGUCCCCGUGCGCAUGCGCAUAGGCUUACACUCAGGUCCAUGUGUUGCAGGAGUGGUGGGUCUCACCAUGCCCCGCUAUUGUCUAUUUGGAGACACCGUCACCACCGCCUCCAAGAUGGAGUCCACUGGAAUGCCGUAUCGUAUCCAUGUCAGCCACAGCACAGUGAAGAUCCUGCUGCAGCUGAAGGAGGGCUACAAGGUCCAGCCGAGAGGAAGCCCCGAACUGAAGGUCAAGGAACUGGGAGACACCUACUGGCUGAUUGGCAAGGACAGCUUCACCAAGCCUCUGCCCAUCCCUCCAGAGGUCAAGUCUGGGAUGCCGCGGGACUUUAAGCAGCUCCUUCGGAAGGCCGUGAGGAGGCUCUCCACUGUGCGCCAUGUUACUGAGCUGCCUACUGGAGGCGAGGAGGACAACAUCAUGAUACACCACCAUUGACAUUGGAACAUUAGAACACUUGAACCUUGGAACACAUCUGAAAUAUACUGAAACCCUGGAAUACCUCACUGGGAACACUGGAACUCUGAAACACCUGUCUGGAAACACUGGAACACCUCACUAGGAACACUGGAACCCUGAAACACCUCACUAGAAACACUGGAACCCUGGAACACCUCACUAGGAACAUUGGAACACUGCAACACUGGAAUAUCUCAUGAGGAACACUGGGACACCUCACCAGGAAACAUGGAACUUCACUAAGAACACUGGAACAGUGCAACACUGGAACACCUCCCCAGGAACACUGGAACACAAGGGCAUUGGAACACUUGAACACCUCACUUAACACAUCCUCGGUGAUCCUCCACCCUCCUCCUCUCCCCCCCAGCCAAUCUUCCUUGAAGUUCUUGAGAGAUAGGUGGUUCAGCAUAUCACAGUGGGCACAGCAGGGGUUUAAUCUCACCGUUAUGAUUAGAAAGAUCUCCUCUAAGGACAUUCUGCUGGUCUAAACAUAGACUCUGAGGAUUAAUGAGUCCCAGUCUAUACCACUUAAUCAGUGAGCUUUACUUCCUCACCCUCCUCUCCUUCCUCUCCCUCCUUUCCCUUCUCACUCUCCUCUCCCCCCUCUCCUU